CAGCGCCCAACAUCUACCCUGGUGCCAGGGCUCCCCUGGGCACCCAUCGCUGCUCCGAGGGGCACCGGUGGCCGGGAAAGCCCCACAGGCUGGAAGGUGUGGGCAGCGGCCGGAGCACCCGGCUCCCAGGAUUUGCAUGUUGGUGAUUAAGACAAUGAAGCAAUCGUCACUGUUGCCACAUCAGUGUGAAUCCCCCGGAGCCCGCUAUAAAUGCCCUAAUCGAUGAGGCCGCGCAGAGCCGGGGCAGGAGGAGCUGUGCUGGACCAGGCCAGGCUCGCAGAGAGGAGAAGACACCGAGCCAGGCAUCAUGUGCUCCCUCACCCGAGCGCUGGCGCUGGUUGCGCUGCUGUGGGCGCCGUGGCGGGCGCUGGAUGGGGCGCCGCUGGCCGAGCUCUCGGGGGACCAGGACUUCCAGCUCUUCUUGCACAAGAACCUCGAAUUCACCCGCAAGAUUAAGGGGGACGUGGCCGCGCUGCAGCGCGUGGUGUGCGACACCUUCCAGCUGUGCAAAGAGGAGGAGCUGCUGCUGGUGCGGCAGGACCUGAGCAUCGCGCAGGCACCGCUGGAGCAGUGCCACAGCCGCACCUUCCAGGCGGAAGCCUGCUUCAGCCAGAUCCGCAAUGGGCUCCGCAACUACCACAGCUCCCUCGCCACCGUCCUGGAGCUGCUGCCCACGCAUGCCGGCCUGGUGGAGACCCUGCAGCUGGAUGCUGCCAACCUCUCCUCCAACAUCCAGCAGCAGAUGGAGGACCUGGGCUUGGCCACGGUGACGUUCCCCACUGAGGACCGGAGCCCCCUCCCCGUCUUCUCCUCCCGCUUCCAACACCAAGUUGGCGGCUUCUUCAUCCUGGCCAACUUCCAGCGCUUUCUGGAGACGGCGUACCGAGCGCUGCGGCACCUCGCCCACCUCUGACAACCCGGCUCUGCAUCACCGCACCCUAUUUAUGUCCCAGCCUGAGUGACCUUCCCAGCUUUUCCGCUCUUUUACUAUUUAUCGCUAUUUAAUAUUUAUCCGGCGGGGAUGCUCCCCCGCCCAGUGGUCCCAGAGCAGGGACGCUGGCAUCUGUGCACGGUUAUCCGUGCACAGCAUCACCUUUGUUUAAUAUUUAAACAAAAGCGUAUCUCUGCUAUGAGGUUCAGGAGCCGCGGCUGAGCCCUGGCAGCUGCCGUGGGCACCGCGUGUGCCUCAGUUUCCCCACGGCUUGCACAAGGCGCUGCGGGUACCCCCUAGCAUCCCGCCUGGCCGAGGGAAAACCAUCUUCAUCCAUGGAUGAAGCUACUUCAGAGCAUUUCCCUACCUGGGCUGCAGCCUGCAGGGAUGGCUCUGAUGGCUGUUAUUGCUAUUAGGCAUAGUUACAUUAAUUAAUAUUUAUUAGCCAUUAGGUAAGGACGACGGAGGAGCCGUAGGGAUGCGGCAGCCUCUCAGGAUGAGGCUUUUCCAGGGGAGCUCCAACACCUUUGAGAGGGCUGAGGCUUUGCUCUGCCAGCGCCUGUCCCCCUUCCCUGCUGAACUCGAGUAUUUAUCGCGGUUUAAUUUAUUUGCACCCAUCUCCCGGUCCCGGGGAAGCCGCUCCUGUCUGCCCUGAGCCCGGCACAGCCUCCGGUCUCGUGGCUGUGCCAGCAGCUCCCGCCGGCCCACGCAGCCGUAUUUGUAUAUGGGAAAUUUCACAGCCCACCCCGGUGUUUUGUACUGUAUUUAUUGCCGCAGCUGGGUCAGCCCCAGCCAAACACACGCUAAGGGUUUUUUUUUUUAUAUGUGAUAAAAAAAUGGAAAUAAACUCUAUUUUUGCCUUUCCUGCCGUCUCCUGCCUGCGUGGGGUGGGAUUCUGCAUGACGAGGGGACACAGGGACAGAGAUGGGACACAGGGAAUGGGUUCCUUUCCACCGUGGCCGCUGGCACCGGCUCAGCAGUGCCCAGUUGUGGUGCAAACCAGCAUCUCUGGUGCUCCUGCCCCCUGAACCGCAGCACAAACCUUCCCAAGGGCCAGGAAGCACCCGUGGGUGGCUGGGUGCAGUUGCCCGGGGGUGGCAGCUUCCUCCUGCAUCCGGCAGCACCAAUUAGGCAAGAGCUGAUUCCUAGAAAGCGCUGGAGCCUGGCAGUGCCCAGCUGGCAGCUCAGGGCCAUGGGGAGCAUCCCCGGCACUGGCACCACACCGGGACCUGCCGGCAGCUGACGUGGGGGCUCACGAACGCCCCGGCAGCGCUGAGCAUCCCCAUCCCAUGCAGGGAGGGCUGGGAGAACGAGAAUGGGUGUGAUGAGUGCUCAAGGGCUCUGCAAAGGCAGCUGAGCCGGACACUCUGGCCUCACCACAGACCUUGGGGUGGAACCUGGUCACCUCUCUUUCGCUGCUGCCGCAAGGAGAAUCAGCCCCACAGCUGCCCGAGGAGCCCUCCCAGCAUCACUGCCCUGGGAUGGCACUUCCAGCAGUGAGAAACCUCAGGUGGAUGGACAAACGGACGUGCCCAAGCGAAACCAGCAGAACCAGAGGACCUGGGAAGCCCCCACCGUGGCCAUCCCCAGCUGGCCCGCGGCAUCGCCCCGCUCCUUCAGGGGUGUUUGGCCACCCUGGGCUGUCCCUGCGCUCCCAGGCUUGCACCAACCUGGCUUCCUCCCACUGGUCCCAUGCUCGUCAGCAGCCCUGCACGGUGCCCAGCCUGGCCACAGCAGAGACGAGCCCCGGUGGGUGCUGGGGGUCCCUGCUCCUGCCCUUCCUCCUCUUUUCCUGUCCUGGGAAGGGGCAGGCAUGAAGCUGGAGCCCCACUGCCAUCCACCACUCCAUCCCACCACCUCAGGGAAGCCACCACUGCCUGGGCUUGUUUGGCCACAGCCCCUGCGUAGCAGCUCCUGGGAGAGCAACCAGCAAGAGGUAUUGCUCCUUCCUCGCUUAUCGGCGCUUACAGGAAACCCCUUCUGCUCCAGCCCUUUCCCAGAAGGUGAAGCGCCAGGCGCCAAUAGGGAGCGUGGGGCUGCCGCUGGCAAAUAUUGACAGAGCCUGGAAGGCCAAGAGCGCCAGGGCUGCUCUUUGCUCCGAGCUAACGGUAAAGAGCCGCCCCUGGGCAAGCGGGAGCUGCCGCUGGACCAGGGCUGAGGUGCCUGGGAACGUCGGUGCCAGCUCAGUGCAGGACGCAGGCCUGGUGGGGAGCAGCACUGGCUGUGGCACAGCACGACAAGGCUCCUCCGCUCACCGCAUCGGGGUCUCUCCCUCCAGGGAAGUCUAUGAACAGCUAAGAGCUGAGAUCAUCCCGGGGAUCAGGAGCAGGCAGGCCCUGAAUCACCAUCCCACUGCCUUUUUCCCUGCCAGCACUGAUCUAAGCCCCGUGCACCGCUCCAGGACCUUCCCGUGCCGCCUAUCCUGUAGCACCGUCAAAACACUUGCUUCAGAGCCCCCCAAAAUGGGGGCUGUGAACCCCACUGAAGCCAAGGCAGGGCAGGAGGCACAGCCCAGCCCCACGGAUGCGGCUGGGACCCAGCUCAGAGCCGAGGCACCCUGAGGGGAAAGCUGACGCCCCACUCCCCAGGCACCGCUUCCCCCUUUCUUGUGAGUCAAGCAGAAAAUACAAAUGAAAGGAUCAGAGGCAAAGCCACCCCAGCUCUGCCACCCCCUCAGGGUUGGGGUUUCAUGACAGCGACUGGUGGAUUCACCACCAAAGCAGCUGACUGGGAGCUGGGACACCCCCGCAGAGGAGCCUCUCCCAGCAUGACGCCAGUGCAGCACUGGUGAGGCCGCGGUUACCAUGCUCACAGCCACGGAUGCGGGGUGAACCUACGCUCACGUGGAAGAAUUUCCAACAGGAAUUCGCUUGCAGCUUACAGAGCGGCAGGAAAGCAUGUCCGCUCCAUCCAGCCGCACACCUGCAGCUGGUGAGACGCAGGAACCCACUUCCAGAGGGGAGCAUCACGGGCAGCCCAUCGUCCUCCCAGCUUCUCU